AUGAAGGUCUCCACAGAGCUCUUCUGCCUGCUGCUCAUAGCAGCCACCUUCAGCAACCAGGUAUUUACUCAGCCAGCUUCUGUUCCAACUGUCUGCUGCUUCACUUUGACCAGUAAGAAGAUCUCUGUGCACAGAUUGGCUAACUACAUAAGAAUCACCAGCAGCAAGUGUCCCCUGAGAGCUGUGAUCUUCAAGACCAAAUUGGCAAACAAAUUUUGUGCUGAUCCUAAGGAGAAAUGGGUUCAAGAUGCCAUGAAGCACCUGGAUGAAAAUUCUCAAAGAUCAAUCCAUAAGGCAAACUCAUUGCCGUCAAGUUGA